AGAAGGGAGUGUGUGUCCACGAGAGAGCGCACGCAAGCAAGAGAGAGAGAGAGAGAGGCCGAGAGAGAAGAAGUGAAAGGGAGGCAAAAGGGAAGAAAGAAGCAGAGAAGAAGAAGCCAGGAUCCACCAACUACAACUAUGCUGUGCUGCAUAAGAAGAACCAACCCGGUGGAGAAGAAUGAGGAUGCGGACCAGAAGAUUGAACAGGAUGGCACCACCAACAAACCCGAGGACAAGGCCCACAAGGCUGCCACGAAAAUACAGGCCAGCUUCCGUGGACACAUAACUCGGAAAAAGAUGAAAGACGGAGAUGAAGAGAAGGAGGGAGAUAGUCCUGCUGCUGCAGAGGAGGCGACAGACGGAGGGGAGGAGGCUAAGAAAGCGGAGGGAGACGAGGCACCCGCGAAGGGGGAGGAAGCUGCGGGAGAGAAGGCCAAGAAGGAGGAGGAGACGAGCCAAGCCAAAAGCCCCGUGGCAGACAAGCCGGCCAACUCUCCGGCAGCUGCCGCGGCCUCUCCUGUAGGCGCAGCGGCGUCUCCCGUGGCGGCCGCCCCGGCCGCUGCUCCUGCCGCCGCGGCGCCCGCCGAGCCCCCGAAAGAGGAGCCAAAGGCGGAGGAGAAAGUCGAGGAGAAGCCCAAAGAGGUGGAGGCCCCGGCGGCGGCGGCAGCCAAGAGUCCCACCACAGCAACAGCUGAGGAGAAGAAGAAGGAGGAGGAGGAGAGCGAAGAGAAGAAGGAGACCAGACAAGCCGAUGUGCCUGCCGCUGUCAGCCCGACAGCUGAGAAGGAGGAACCAAACCAAACAAAAGAUAAACAAGAUGCUGCGGAGGAGUCUAAAGCAGAGGAGGCCGCUCCGGCAGAUGCGGCGGCCGAGGGCACCGAGUCCAAGGAUGACUAAGGCAAAGUCUGACCUUAAGAAAGCAGAAUUAAGAGUAUGACGAAUAUCACAAAAAUCUAAAAAAGGUCGCUCUUGGCCUUCCCGACGUCAAGGCCGUCCGUUUCUAUUUGUUUGUCAUUUUUUGUGUGGCAAUGAUUUACUCGUGUUGGGGGAGUUUCCAGCGUUACGUUUUUUGGCUCAAGCUAAUACUGCGAGGAAGUGAUGGCGAUGAUGGUUGAUUAUGAAAAAUGAUUGUUAUCUCCAUGAUGAAGAUGUUGAUGGUUGUCGAUUAAUAAAAAUGAUUGUUACCCUGAUUAUGAUGAGGAGGAGGAGGAGGAGGAGGAGAAGGAGGAUUCGAUUUGGUCUCCACUCUCUAAUAUAAGUGGAUGAGUGGUGGAAUGAAUGCUCCCAACUGGAUAUUUACACAUUUAAAAUGCAUUGUGAAUGCGCCACACUUUAUAUGCAUCUCAAUGCACUUUAUUUAAACACACCUUGCAAAUGAAAUCUGUACUUCUGCAAAUGCACGCACAAAAAGAACAAGGUGGUUUUGAAAAUGCAACCCUACUUUUCAACUCCACGAGUGCAUUGAAGACGCCUCAAACGAGUUUACGCGCCGACACAUCGGAGGGGGAAUAGAAUGCGUGAUUAAACGUGUGACACUUCCAGUUGGGCAGCUUCAUCCUGAACACACAACCCCCCCAUAGGACAGGACUACUAGUCCCUCUCUAUUCCUGCUCGGGUCGUCCGGGCUCGGUUUACACCCCUUUGACAAACUCCCUGUCUGCUCACAUUUACAGUAAAGGACCUUUUGCCAUUUAAAUGACAUAAGCAUAUAAUAAACUACAGAUGUCAGCUAUAGUAUUGGUGUAACUGGCUCCAACAGGACUAUUUGUGUUCUGACAACCAAACGUGAGAACAGUAGCAUGAACCAUCGAACCAGAUGCAUGAUGGGAACUCUCCCUCUGAGAGGAACUCUUUCGCAGUCACAAAAACUUAAGAGGUGUGGCGGCUUCUUUUUUGAUGUCUUUGGUGUUGUUAUGACAGUUUAUAUGAAUUGGAGAAAAAAAAACUGAUUAUUAAACAAAAAAAUGCACUGAUGUUACGCAAAAAAAAAAAAAGUAAAAAGAAAAAUCAAACAAACGCGAAAAGAAAAAGAUACUUUUCACCUGUUCCAGUGAGUGCAAUGUCCAGUUUCAACCUUAUCGAGGAGUUCAAACUUGUGAGAAAAAGUAUGAAAAAAUAAAGAUGGUUUCAAUGUCUGUUUUCAAAAUAAAGCAAAUGUGCCAAUUACCACCAUAAA